AUCAGAAUGGUUCCCUCUUCAAUAAACUGUCAAAAUUGUUUACAUUUUAAGAGUAACAAGCGACUUGGCGGAACCGUUUAGAGUUGAAUGUGUCAUAUUACUGUUAAAUCUUUUAUUCAAAAGAAAGCGAGGUAMCCUCGUUGUAGGUUUUGAAAUUGGUAGCGAGUUUAWAWMGUGGGUUCUUUUCGGAACAAAGACUUCUCUAUCGUGAAAAUACCACGCUAACCGCACCUUGGAGGCAUGAAAUGUCACUCACCGAUGACUGAUAGCAACUACGUAACGAUAUUCGCUGUUCGCUUGGCAUCAGGGCUCGGAUUUCCAUGCGUCACAUAUUCCUCCCAAAUAUUAAGCCGUUGGAGUCAUUGUUAAUUUGAGGCCCUAAACAACCAAGAUCAUCCUAAGAUGACCUUCUAGACAUUUCAAUUCUUGUCGUCUAACAAAGCAACAGAGUCAAGGGGCUAUAGUUACAAACUGUUUGCUGAAUCUUUCAAGGGCUGUGGAGAGUAUAGCUGUUGAGUGUUCGACAAGGAUUUCAACCUCAAACCACCGCCACAAAUGCUGGGAUUUUUAUACUUCUUCGACGUUUAAUUCGUUAAACAGCGGUUAAAAAUGGCAUCAUACGGUGUUAAUAGUGUUUUAUUGCUUGCUAUCUUACCUGUGGCAUUAUUUAUAACAUCUAUACGAACGGUUGAUGGUCGMCAGAUCAUACCUAUCACAAUAGACGAAGGACGACCCAAAGACUAUGCCGUUUACACGUUUGAUUCAUCCAGUGGUGACACUUUUAGUUUUUAUAAACCAACAGAAUCAAAGGCGGGAAGYUGGUUGAAAAUCUCUGACAGCGGCUCUAUAACUACUACAACAGARCUGCCUUAUAAUGUAGGCGAGAAAAAUGUUUACGAUAUAACCGUGAUACAGAAACCUAGCAAACAAACCGACGGAGGAAAAGCCCAUACACUAAGACUAACCGUGCGAGAUGUGAAUAAUUUUUCACCAAGUUUCGCACAUCCCGUGUAUUAUGCGCAUGUUGCCGAGGGAUCUCCUACGGGAGUUAUCGUCGAUGGUUUAGAGAAGUGUUACGCCGAGGAUCGUGACUCRCCACAAGCUGGAAGCGUUCAGAGUUAUUCCAUAUCAAGCGGCAACGAAAAGGGUUACUUUGCAGCCAGUUUCAACGAGAAAGACGGCAGAAAAUUUUUGGUGCUCAAAACUACAAGCACUGUUAUCAAGCGUGACCCCAAAAACCCAGACAUUGUACUAACAAUAGAAGCAAAAGAUGGCGGAUCACCGCCACUCAUUGGAACCACCAAAAUCAGCAUUCGUGUACGAGACAGCAAUAACAACGCGCCUGUAUUCCAGCCAACAACUUACUCUGCAAACAUCGACGAAAACAAACCAGUGCUAUCUAAAGUUUURCGUGUGAGUGCAACAGAUGCUGAUGUCUCGACGAAUGGUGCAAUCUACUAUUAUAUGAGCACACUCGAUCCRUCAUUCUCUGUGGACGCUAUCACUGGGGACAUCAURGUAGCAAGACCGCUUGACUACAGUGUGAAAAASGAMCACACAUUGACAAUUAUGGCCAUAGAUCGUGGAUUUCCGCGCAAAAUUAGCGCAGCUGCGACUGUUAAAAUAACAAUAAAUCGAGACCUUCCUGACUACCCACCAACAGACACUCCUAAUCCUGGCCAGAACACAAAACCAUACUUCUCACAACCCAAAUACUCGUUCAGUAUUGCAGAGGACUUUCCAACUAAGGGUGCCUUGUUGUUUAUGAGAGCGUCMGAUAACGAUCCCGUCGGUCCGAAUAAACGACUCACAUAUUCAUUAUCAGGUGGAGAUGGUAAGUUUCGAAUUGAUCCUAAUAGUGGACUGGUAACACUUGCCAGUCAAGUGGAUUACAAUACUGCACCUGCUGGUAAGGCUUAUACCGUAACAAUUACAGCCACGGAUCAAGGUAACCCGGUCCAACAAACCACUACCAAUCUCGUUAUUGACAUACAAGAAGUGAAUAAGAAUCGAAAUUUUCCUAUAUUUGACGAACAACAAGUCGCAAAAACUAUCGAYGAGAGUGCGCGCAAGGGYGAUGCUGUGUACAAAGCUACSGCCAAAGACGCUGACAGCGGAGACGAUGGAAAAGUUGUUUACUCCAUCGAGGCUGGUUCGGGUCUUGGGUACUUUAAGAUUGACCCAAACACAGGGUCCAUCACAGUGGACGCRCCUCUUGACCGAGAGAAAGAAUCGUACUACGAUCUUGUUAUCAGAGCGAGUGACAGUGCUACUUUUCCAUUAGAUACAAGAAUGUUCCUAAUGAUUAAUCUCAAAGAUAUCAACGAUAAUAACCCAUACUUCACUCAACCAAUGUACCUAGCAAAGGUUCCUGAGCAAUCCGGCGAUGAUACCUUUGUGACUYUAGUGUCUGCCAAAGACCCAGACGAGGACCCAAAAAUCUCAUACUCUYUGGAUACUUUUUCUCAACUCUUCGAUAUCGAUUCUCAAACUGGCAUCGUUAGAACCUCGCGUGCCCUCACGGGAAACUUGCUGAAGAAGAAAUACGAACUUCUUGUCUCUGCGUCGAGUUCUGGAGCGAAAGCCGGCGGACAAAUCAACAUWACUAUCACUAGUGAAGAGGACAAACCGCCCGUGUUUAAGAACUUGGAAGACAAUUCCUACAAGGUAGCCGUUCCAGAAAAUAUGGGUCCUAUACCUAACUUGAAGUGCAUAGCUGCUGUGGAUUCUAAUGGUAAGCCAGUGUCGUACAGGAUCUCGUCUGGAGCUGAUAAUAUUUUUGGUCUUGAUGAAAAUUCAGGUCGAUUAUACUCAACCAAGGGAUUCGAUUACGAGGAAGUCGACCGAUACAACCUGCGUAUCGAGGCAUCGACCGGCUCAUCAAGCGAUCAAGUGGCAUCAGUUCCUGUAGCCAUAACAGUCAAAGACUCGCCCGACCCCCCUAAGUUCUUGAAAAGCUCUUACGUUGUUUCAAUCUCAGAAAACACUGGAGUUGGUACAACUAUAUCCGCUCGCCUAGUCAUCGACGAUCGCGAUACUAGCACCGAUCAGUUCGAUUGCUCUCUUGAAAAUGUCAAUUCUCCAAAGGUUACUGAGUAUUUUAGGGUUGUGCUGAGCGGUGGAGAGUGUAAAUUGGUUAUAAAGAAAAAGCUUGAUUCAUAUGACGUUAAGGAGUUUAAGUUUGAUGUUCAGGCCACUGAUGAGAACUUCAGACACAUGUACGCAAGGGCGAGUUUGGUUGUUAAAGUUGACGAUGUCAACGACCAUAAACCAGUAUUCUCUAAGACAUCGUACUGGGUGUCGAUAGCAAGUGGAUUUAAAACAGGAACCAAACUAGUCGAACUAUCAGCCGUUGAUAGAGAUACAGGUACCAAUGGGGAAGUGAGAUAUGAUCUUGUACGUAGCCAGGAUUCACAGAAAUUUAGAAUUCUCAACAACGACCUGUUGAGUGCCGUGACACUGGCUCCCAAUGUGCGCUAUCAGGUUCAGGUCACUGCCUCUGAUAUUGCGUCUACUCCCCAAUCUUCCAAGGUCACAGUGUAUGUGUCAGUGUACGAUCCGAGUGAAUCUCCUGUGGUAUUCGAUAAGUCAAAAUACACAAAAAGCCUAAGUGAAGAAGCUGCUAAGAAUACCCCUGUAUUCAAAGUCAGGGCCACAAAAUCUGGUGUCACUACUGGCAUCACCUAUGAGUUAGUUGGUGGCCAUAAAGACCUUGAUGGAAAAACGCUGUUUAAGAUCGAUAGCAGUGGGCAAGUCCUUCUGGAUUCAAAGCUUGAUCGCGAGACCGCAAGCUCCCACACAAUCUACAUCCGGGCCACAUAUUUGGGAAAGCCCGUUGCUAUGGCUACUGACGUUGAAGGGGUUAUCACUGUCACUGAUGUCAACGAUAACAGUCCAGAGUUUACGUUUGAGGGAAGUUCCAAAAUUAUUACCGUAGAUAAUUAUACGCCUCAGGACUCUUUGGUUAUCAAGGCCUUAGCAUUUGACGCUGAUGAUGGUCCCAAUGGCAAAGUAAGCUACAGUAUUGCAGUCGGAGGAGGCAGUCCGCCAUUCAAGAUCGACUCAAAUACAGGAGAGAUCAAGGCUUCCAGAGAGAUAGUUUUCUCGUCUGGAGCCAAAUACGCAAUCAAGAUCAGAUCGUCAGACGGCGGCUCACCUCAAAAAUCCACCGACUUUACCCUUAACAUCGAAGUCGUCAACACUCCAAGACCCCCUCGAUUUAAGGACAAUUCAUAUCAGUUUAGCGUCAAUGAAAUAACAGAGCCUGGAACCAAGGUGGGACCAGGUAUACAAGCCGAAUACAGCAAAGCAGGGACUUUCUUGAAGUACUCAUUCGUCGAAGGCAACAAAGAUAACACGUUUUGUAUCGAUGCUACUGGUCAGCUGUACCUAGCAAGACGUCUAGACCGCGAAAAGGUGUCUAGUUAUCGACUGAAAGUCAGGGUUGAACUUGGGAAGAGCUCCGAUGAUACGAUAGUGAAUGUGAAUGUCGAUGACUUUAACGACGAUCCGCCACAUUUUGAUAAAAGCGUUUAUCAACUGAAAAUAGAAGAGAACAAAAAAGGAACGUUGGUUCCUCCUGUAACUGCUGUCGACCACGACUCUGGUACCAAUGGAGAGAUCACGUACAGCAUUCUUCAAAGCAUCAGGACGCCAAGCAAGGGGUUUUUCAAGAUAGACACAACGACUGGUCAGCUGUCUGUUGACACAGAGCUGGAUCGUGAAAAAGCUGCCGAACACGUUCUGUUUAUCCAGGCAAAAGAUAAAGGCAACCCAAGCCUGACCUCUAUCGCACAAGUAAAUAUCGACGUCCAAGAUGUCAACGAUAACACGCCCAAGUUCGCAGCAGCCUCUUACCGUGCGAAAAUUGCUCUGGAUGCUGCUAUCGACAGAAGUGUUAUCCGCGUCCAGGCGUCCGACCUCGACAAGAAAGGAACCCCAAAUGGUGACUUAGAGUUCACAAUUCUGUCAGGAAACAACGGAGACGCCUUCAAAAUCAACAACCAGGGCGUGAUCUCCAUCAAAAAACCCUUAACAACAGUUGCCGAUGAUAGGUUCACUCUUGAUGUGCGUGCUAGCGACAAAGGUAACCCCCCCAGGAAAGCAGACAUCACUGCUCAAAUUAACGUGUAUCUUCCUGACGGGCCGCCAAAGUUUGUUGUGUCACCCGUGACUGUUUACGUGACCGAAGGUGUCACGGCAGGGAACCGCGUGACAGGUGUGAAGGCUGCUACGUCGGAAGCUCUGACUUACUCGAUUAUAUCUGGCAAUGAAGACCUGAUGUUUAAGAUUAACCCAUCGACAGGUCAAUUGGACGCCACUCGAACGUUAGACUACGAAGAGAAGCAGCGAUACGAACUAGAAAUCGAAGCUCGUGACACCCGUGACCGAAGCGCUGCUGUCAAGCUCAUAAUCAAUGUCGUCAAUGUCAACGACAACAAACCGACCUUUAGGGGUGAACAAGAUGGAGUGGUCAACCGAAAAGCAAUUGGUACGUGUCGACCUACUAACAUAAUCCCAGGUGAAAUCGUCGCAUCACUUGGGGUGACCGACAAGGACAAGGGAGAUAAUGUCACUUUUGAACUUGAUGACCAAGGCAAAAAGUACUUUGAAGUCGACCCUAAAGGAAACUUGAGAGCCAAGCAACCGCUCACAGGAAUUCCCUCGCCUUUUACGUUCAAGGUGAAGGCAAAAGACGAUGGAAAGCCUCCACAAGAGAAUGAAGUCGACUUAAGAAUAGUGUUUGUGUACUACAGACCCGAUCAAGAUCCAGUACGGGUUGACGUGCGCGAAGACCGUCCCGUCGGAAGUGUCAUCGCCCGUKUACCCCGCUACCUUCCCAACGGCACUAUCGCGCUUCUUUACCCAGAGAAAGCCAACUUCAGUAUCCAAAGCAAUGGUGAUGUCAUUUUACUUUCUGGUCUUGAUUAUGAAACACAACGGUUUCAUUCCAUCACCGUGCGCGAAAAGCAACCUGGGACUGAUUUGACCAAUGACGUCGAUGUUGAAAUCACUGUGUUGGAUGUGAACGAUAACGCGCCUUAUUUCACGCCCGCACCACGGUUUGCUCAAGUAAAUACUAACUCACGCGCAGGCGCAAAGGUGUACCAGUUAAAUGCGGAAGACGAUGAUGGAGGCUCCAGUGGACUUGUGGGAUAUCAGCUGGAUAAACCGGAAACGAAUGCUCGUCGUCGACGUCGCUCUCUCCCCCAGUCUCCUUUUACGAUUAACCCUAAUACUAAGCAACUCGAAGUUGCAGGACCUGUAGGUGAUAAGAGGUAUAAAAUGCCUGUAGAAGCCUUUGAUUAUGGUAUUCCUAGACUUAGAAGCUCUCCUAUUGUUUUGAAUCUCGAUGCGUCUAAAGCAGGGCAGGUUUCGCCGAGAUUCUCGCAAGUGAGCUACAGUUUUAAGGUCCGUGAGGAUGCGCCAUACUUAACCGUCAUUGGUACAGUCAAAGCUCGUAGUAUUUCUGGAGCAAGACUCGAGUACACAAUCGUCGAAGGAAAUGUAGGAGACAAGUUCAAAGCCUUGGAGAACGGCAACAUCGUACUGAACUCUUUACUUGAUUUUGAACGUGAUCAAUCGGUCUAUAAGAUUAAGGUCAGAGCCACUGAGCAGAUCCCCGAUGGAUUGUUCUCCGUGGUCGAUGUCCGUAUCGACGUCAUCGAUGCAAAUGAUCACGUACCGUAUUUCUCGCAGAUGUUGUACUCGGUCCAGAUUCCUGAAAACACGGGCUCAGGAAAGAUUAUUCACAAUGCUAGAGCCUAUGAUUGCGACUGCACUCCUAACUGCCUCUGCCCAUCGGGUAAGCUUAGGUACUCGUUGUUCCCUAACAAAGAGGAAGGAGGCAAUUUUGCCAUCGAUUCCAACAGUGGUCAAGUCUCUGUGGACAAAGUGUUAGACUACGAGGUUAAAAAGUGGCAUUUGAUUAAGAUUAUUGCUUCUGAUAGUGGCAAAAAGGUUUACAGGGGGAUCUGUUAUCUUAAUGUUACCCUUACGAAUAUCAAUGACAACAGUCCCGCGUUUUCGCAAGGGUCGUACAAUUUUCAUAUCGCCGAGAAGGCUAGUGUUGGUGUACCUUUAGCUGUUGUCAGAGCCAACGAUCCUGAUGGUGACGUAGCCACAUACAAGGGUGGAAAUCAGCAGUUCAAAGUGGAAUCCAAUACUGGUGUUAUAAGCUUGAAAUCUUCGUUACCAAGUUCGAAAACACAGUACACUUUUCAGGUGGGAGCAGAAGACCCUGGUGGCAAGAAUAACUUCGUCUCAGUCAGAAUAGACAUCGACGACGCCAACGACAAUCGACCGAUUUUCAAAGACUGCAAAACAAAGUCUGUCAACAUCGAGGAAAAUCUUCCAAAGGGUCACCGACUCACCAAAAUCGAAGCCACUGAUAAAGACCGAGGAAAGAAUGGACGCAUUACGUACACCAUCAUGGACGCAAAGUCCCAGAGCUUGUUUCAAAUCGAUUCAAACACGGGGGAGAUUCGUACGUUGGCCAGCCUUGACAGGGAAAACAAAGAAAUCGUGUCGGGUCCUCUCUUCGUGAUCAUCAAGGCAGAGGAUGGGACGAUAAAUCAACGGCCGUCUGAAAGACUUUUGGACUACUGUUUUCUAAUGGUAAACGUUCUUGAUGUGAAUGAUAAUAGACCUUACUUUGCAGAGGUGAAGUACUAUGGAAGUGUGAUCAAUACUGCGAAAAAUGGAACAGCAGUUAUGACGGUUCAAGCAACGGAUAAUGAUAUAGGUCCUAACGCCGAAGUCAAAUAUUCUCUUCUAAAAGACGAAGGAGGCCUGUUUAGAAUUGACCCCAACACAGGCGUAGUGUCGACAAACGCUGACUUAACGAAGUACACCAAGAAGACAUUCAACCUCAAAGUGGCGGCGCGUGAUAAACAACCUCGAGCAGGCGAACAGCCCGGCCAAAACAAGCUCUACUCCACAGACAUUGAGAUCUYCGUUUCCAGUCGCGCGCCACCGAAGUUCACGCAGUCCACAUACCAGGGACAGGUUUACGAAAACGUAGACAUAGGAACCGUUAUUACAACUGUCAAGGCAACUCCUUCAACACCCGGCAGCCAGAUUCUAUACCAGGCCGUGAACACCAAUCCUCUCGCGAAUGAGCUUUUUAGAGUUGACCCAAACUCUGGGGUCAUCUCGACUGGAGCCGAGGGUAUCGACUAUGAGACCAUCACCAACCCAAAGAAAGAAUACGAGAUCCAUGUGAUUGCGAAGGAAACUGGUGCCGAUGCACUCUACUCGACUUGCAAAGUCAUCAUUAAAGUAUUAGACAGAAAUGACUUUACUCCUAAAUUUAAAAUGGGAGUAAAGACCGCUAACGCGCGUGUCCUAGAAAAUAAAAACCCCGGCGAGACUGUUAUUGAGAUGGUCGCGUACGACAAGGAUACAGGAACAGGGAAAGACAUCACGUAUUCUUUAAAGGACCCCAACAAUCCGAACUUUGCCAUCAACUCAAAGACAGGGUUGAUAACGACCAAGACGAAGUUAGACAGAGAGGUAACUCCAGGUUAUGUUGUUACGGUGAUUGCAACAGACGGUGGCGGAAAUGCGCAGCCUGCUUCGGUGGAUAUCAUCGUUGUGGAUCAAAACGACCAACCACCGGUUUUCAAGCCCAAGGUGUAUCAGGGUAGCGUCGCAGAGGAUGCUAAAAUAGGGACGUCUAUUUUAAGUGUAUAUGCUACCGAUAAAGAUAUUGGUGAUAAUGCUGCUAUCAGGUAUUUUAUUUCCAAAGGAGAUCCCACCGGACGGUUCGAUGUCAGGACAGAAGGAGGAGGCAAAGAAGGAGUUGUAUUCGUAAACGGGAAACUUGAUUACGAGGCCGUGAAGUCAUACCCUAAUAUUGAAAUAACUGCAACUGAUGGCAAGUAUAGCGAUACAGCGACGGUCUCCAUUACGAUAACCGACGUCAACGACAUCGGCCCAGUUUUCAUCCAACCAAUGUACACCGCAGUACUGUCUGAGAAUACUAAGCCUGACGUAGCGGUGACUACCGUGAAGGCGACCGAUGUGGACGGACCAUUGCCUUUAAAGUAUAGCCUCGAUGAUAACGGAAAAGGGUAUUUCGUUAUUGACUCAAAUGGAGCCAUAAAAACUGGUACAACACCGCUAGAUCGCGAAGAAUCCCCAGUGAAAGCGUUUGGUGUCAUCGCUAGUGAUGGUGUUCAUAGCACCAAGGCAGAAGUCUUGGUGAAUUUGACUGAUGUCAACGAUAAUGCGCCAAGGUUUCCCUCUUCUCCGUACAUUGGCUACGUGAAAGAAAACAAACCCGCAGGCACAAGCGUGAUGUACGUACAAGCCGUAGACGACGACGAUCCGUUCGCGGGCGAUAACGCAAAGGUUACCUACUCAUUAACCGACUCCGCUGGCGGGAAGUUUAAAAUCAACCCUGACACAGGAAAAAUCACAACGCUUGCCACGUUUGACAGAGAAACGCCACCUGACCGCUUUAAAGUCAAAGUUAAAGCAACAGAUGGCGGAAAUCCUAAGCUUUCGGGUACCGUCGACGCAACUAUCAUCGUAACAGACGAGAAUGACUUCGCACCUGAGUUUACCGAGGAGACUUAUAAGGGUACUGUAUCAGAGCGUGCACCACCCGGAUUCAGAGUAACAGCAGUGAGCGCGACCGAUAAGGACACUGGACCAAAUGCUGAGUUCGAGUUUGUGGUCAUCGAUGGGAAUUACCCGCACGCAUUUUAUGUUGACCCGUACAACGGCUCAGUUCUCGUGUCUGGAGAACUAGACUACGAGACUAAAAAAAAUUAUAGACUCACUGUAGAAGUGUACGAUCGCGGCAAUCCUCCUAAAAAGGGCAAAAAACUUGCUUAUGUUGAGAUUGAAGUCCUUGACGCUAACGACAAUGCGCCGAUUUUUGUGCCUAAGAAAUAUGAUAAAACAAUCCCAGAGACAAACGAUGUUGGAAAGGAAAUCCUCAAAGUAACCGCAAUCGAUAAAGACAGUGGAACAAAUGGGAAUAUUACAUUUUCAAUAACUGGAGGAAACAUUGAUGACAUAUUUGAGAUCAAGUCUGACCCUAAAAACCGAAGCAUAGGUAUCAUAACGAACCGCCUGCCGGUCGACCGCGAGGCGAUUCCGGUUCAUAAACUUGAAGUAACUGCCAAAGAUCCUGGUGGUUUGACAGGAACCGGAGACGUAACGCUAACAGUUAGUGACGUUAACGAUAACGCGCCAUGGUUUGUACCACCUGUGUUUAUUUCGCGGAUACGGGAAAACACAAACAAUCGUCAGUUCGUUACAAAACUCAGCGCUAUUGAUCCCGAUGAAUACGUCGAUGGUCGGACGAUUACGUUCACACUUGUGAACGGAACGCAAGGAGAUAACUUUAGAAUCGAUACGAGUACGUACACUAACGACAGCGUGGACGUUUACGCUUACGGAAGCUUUAACCGUGAGGCGAAUCCCGUCUGGAAGAUUGGUGUAUUGGCAACGGAAAACCUACCGCCGAAGCUGACCAACUUUACGUACAUUUACGUCGAUGUGUUAGACGAGAAUGACAACAGCCCAUCGGAUGGAUCAAUGCGGAUCAUCGUUAAUGCUUACAAUGGAAAAUUCAAGGGAGGAAUCAUUGGGAAGCCUUAUUACAAGGACGACGAUCAUGAAGGCGACACGAAUACCUACACACUCGACUCGCAGAGCCCCGGGAACUACUUUAAAUUAAACAGUAAUACCGGGGAUAUUACGGCACCGGAGAAUAUACCCCUAGGACGCUAUAAACUCAUAACUACCAUCAAACAGGGGGGUUCAACUGUCAAAUCAAACGUCCAAGUCCUGGUUAGGCGCAUCGACCCCGAAGCGGUUAAACACGCCGUUGCUAUGCAGUUCAUGGAUAUGAGAAAGCCAGGGUACUUUGUUGGUGAUUACUAUGACAAGUUUGUAGAAGUGAUGUCUGGUAUACUAGGCGUUUCUAGUGAUGCUGUCCAGGUAUUCAGUGUUCAAAAGGCCAAGGAUAACUUGAUAUCUGUCGAUGUGUUCUUUGCGGUCAGUGAUGGCGAUAAUAAGUACAAAAAGCCCCUGGAGAUCAUCAACGACGUGGUGGAUAAGCAAGAUAGGGUCAAAAAUCUUGGACUAAAGUUAUCCGCUAUUGGAAUCGACGAGUGCGCCAAAGAAAAGCGCAAGAUUGGUAAAUGUGAAAACAUAGUGUUCGCCUCGCCAGACUACAGCGUUGCCAGUGGAGACUACGGGAAAGUCCCAGCACCAGACGCCUCUCUUACAGUCGUAUCUAUGGACGUUCACCUCAAGGCAAACUACUCCCCAAUUUUCCCCAAAGUCAAAACAUGUAACCCCGAAAACCCGUGCCUUAAUGGCGGAACGUGUCAUCCGACAGUCCCCGAGUGCCCGGGAUAUGUUUGUAAAUGUCCUCCGGGAUACCACGGCCCGCUUUGUGAACUAACCACCAGGACCUUCUACGGGAACUCUUAUAUAUGGGUGCCCAAGCUUACGGCGUAUGAGAUGAGCGAUAUCGAGUUUGAGUUUACAACACAGACUGCAGAUGGUUUGUUGCUUUACCAGGGGCCGUUGAAAGAAGGGUCGAAUAAUGGUGCAAAGGACUUUAUUGCCGUUGCGUUAGUCGGGGGUCGUAUUCAGACUCAUAUCUCGCUGGGACAUGAACCUGUAGUUAUCAAUAUGGACAAGGGACCUCGACUUGAUGACGGUGAAUGGCACAUUGUCCAAGUGUCACGUAAUCACAAGGUUGUGGAGGUUAUUAUUGAUCAGUGCUCUAAUGCUGUUAUCGUUCGUAAAGUGGACGGCACAAUAGAUGAAGAUCGUCGAUCAUGUCACGUCUAUGGAAAAGUUCUUGGACGCUCUGUGUAUUUGGAUGGCUUCGGACCAUUACAGAUUGGAGGCGUUAGAUACCCAAACCUCAAAUAUCCCAAGAUUCCUUACAAAGGAUUUCGAGGAUGUAUCAGGAAUAUCAAGGACAAUGGUCGAAUGUACGACCUCGAGAACCCGCUGUACGUUAACAACGCACCCAAAGGCUGUGCUCUUGCUAAACCGUGCCCCAACUGCAACGGUAAAGGCUACUGUGAGCCUAAUAUUGCAAGGGAUAGUAUCUGUGUUUGCAAUCUUGGUCACAGCGGCAAGAACUGUGGCGGACGAGGUAAAGCGAGCUUUUACCAAGCCAACAGCUAUACUCAGUACCUCGUCAGGACGUCAAGACGUAAACGGCGCGAAUUGUUACCUCCACCCAAAGCUUUAUUGAAUAAAUACUACACCAACAUCGCUCUGCAAGUUAAGAUUGAACCCGAUGCUUCUGACGUCGUAGUAUUCUUGUCAUCUAAUCGUAUGGGAACUGAAUUUCAACGAGUCGACGUCAAAGACCACAAGAUUCGUUACAUCCUGCGUCUCGGUAAGCGCGUCCUCAUUCUGAGUUUUCCGCAGCUUAACGUAACCGACAACGUUUACCAUACCGUUAUCAUUAAACGCGAGGGCAAUCGUGCUUCGUUCCAACUUGACUACAACGGUUACGAACUUGGCAGCACGCGUGGUGAACGUACUCUGCUUGACAUGGGCGGCGGGACGUUAUUUGCGGGCGGUCUCCCCAACGUAACUAUCGUACGUAUCGUGGAGGCAACUCUAUCAGAUCCUAAUAACUUGGUGAUAUCCAUUGGCGAGGAUUCUGUUAAUCGUGUUGCGAGAAGCGUUCGAAGUCUAGCGUCCUACAUGAAGUUGGCGUCGGAUUCAACUGGAUUGACUGCUGUAGUUGAUCAGGCUAAAGGUGUUUCUUUGGAGAAUUUACAUGUUUUUAGUAGCAAUGAAAAACCUAAACGACGAUCCAAGAGAGAUGCUCCAAUCUCUGUGCUGGGAGACUUUGGUGGUUGUAUUUCUGGUGCCAGUGUCAAUGGUGCCGACCUUGAAAGUGAUCCAUCGAUCGUUGUCAAAAGACAGAAUGUUGUGGAUGGCUGUCCUUGUGUUAACAAUCACUGUCUUAACGGAGGGACAUGUGUGAAUGCCAUGCCACCGUACUGCAUUUGCCCUCCAUACUGGACAGGACCGCGUUGUGGGGUCAUCAUCACCAAACCUAAUCCUGGUCCAAGAGGCAGUCGAUGGGCUAACCCUGCAGUAAUAUCGACCAUCCUUGUYGUACUCAUAGCAGUUUUAGCUAUUAUUGGAGCCGUUCUUCUCAAGCGGCGACCCGAGCCCCUGGUCGUUCCCGUCGACACCCAGGACGCUGGCCACGUCCAUGACAACAUCAGACUCUACCACGAUGACGGUGGUGGAGAGGAAGACAACCUUGGCUACGACAUCACUAAAUUAAUGAAAUAUACUUAUAUAGAGACAACGGGGCCAGCUCGUCCAAGRGGACCUAGAGUCAACGAGGAGCUCGUUGAUGUCCCAGAAAAGACSCCCUUGCUUCAAUCAGCACCACCAGGUGAUGGCCCUACUUUUGGUUUCACCGGUACUCGUCCACCAUCAAAGAUGCCGAAGUACGUGGAUGGGGAUGACGUUGGAGACUUCAUUACUAGUCGUGUUAAGAUCACUGAUCGUGAGGUUUUCUUGGCUGUCGAUGAGAUUCACAUCUACCGUUACGAGGGUGACGACUCAGAUGUCGACGACCUCAGUGAGAUUGAGGACGAAGAAGACGAGGACGACGAAUACGAACAAGAAUUCGAGUUCCUGAAACAAUGGGGAACGAAGUUUGAUAAGCUUGCGAAGUUGUACGAUGAAGUCGACGAGUAAUUUCCGAUGUUUAGACGGAAAUCACACSAGCGAUUAACGAUUACUUUACAGUAAAAUAUAGUUUAAAGAUCGAUAGAUUCCGCACAAAUAAUUCAGGAUGAUGUACGAUGAUAUUGAGCGUUGAAUAUCAACCCAAURCACGAUGAUAAGAAAUAUUUUAAAAACGACGAACAGACGAACACCAUACGAGUGGCAACCGAUAACAUCACRACUAACUCUACACUUAACGAUCAACAAACGAAGACUAACGAAUCCUCAACGACAGGCAUAACAAKCAACGAACAGCGAACGAACAGUAAGCGAUUACAACACGAUAAAKAGCCAGCGCACGACGAACAAACAAUAACAUUUGUAGAUAAAAUAGUCCAGUAUUAAAUAGCUUUUUUAAAUUGCGCUAUUUUCAUAUGACUUAGAUGCUUUUAAGAUAAAGGAAUAUAUUAGUUAGGAUUAUUACUAUUUGUUGUUGUUCUUGUUAUUUUAUUUGAAAUUUUCACUGCUAUUUUACGUAACAUUAAUAAUGCUUUGCUCAUAUUGUGUUUUUAGUGCGCAUUCGUUGCCUUGACCCGUACAAGUAUGAUUGUAGUCUCUUGUAGUCUAGUUUCUACAUUUUCGAGAUAAAACAAUAGGAAUUGUAAAGUAAUGAUAAAUUAAGAAGUUAAAAAGGAAACAUAGAAACACAAAGCAUGAUGGAAAUGCAUUUAUGUCGCGCAAUUUUUGUCCACAUUUGGUAUAUUCUAAAUAGUAAUAGCGUUUAAUUUUAUGAAACUAUCUAAAUGGUUUUGUUAGUGUCUUAAAUAUUGAGACACCAAGAAUGUUUGCGUUACAAGUUUCGUAUGUAUUUGAAUAAGAAAAAUAGUUAGAAAAUUGAAUGAACUUUUAGAUGAUUUUAUAUGCUUGAUUCAAAAUAAUAUUUUGUAGACUUGUUUGAUAAAUAAAUAAUUUUAAAAAUCA